GACAUCUUGGCUUUGCUGUGCAUUGUGGGAUUUAUUGGCCUAAUUAAUAUAACAGACAGUUGUAACUCGGUCACUAGAACAUGUCAUUUGUGACUAUUUCAGAGUAAUUAUGAAGAUUCAUUAUUUUAAAGUGCUAUAAUUGGAAUAUGGCAGAUAAAAAAAUACACAAUUUCAUGGACGAUAAACUACCAUCGUUUGUAAAUGAGGACCAGGAUUCACAAACCAAGGAAGCAGAUAAUAUUAAUCUCCUUACUAACUUACCAUCUAUAAUUGGAGGUAAAGGUGAAAAAGUCUCUAAUGAACAAAUACUGUCUCAGAUUAAAAAAGAAUACAUACCUCCAGAUGAACAACAUACAAACAUUCCAUCAAUUGUCUCAGAUAAUAUAUUCCCAAAGUGUGAUUGGGACAACAAUAGAUUUAGGUUUUACAUGGAAAACGAAGAAAACGAGAAAAAAAAGGUGGAGGAAGAAAGUAAGAAAAACGAAGACAGAGUAGGUAUUUAUGACUUUCCUGUAGAAGAUAAACCAAAGGAAAAGCCACCAAACAGAAGAUUCUCCUUUAAUAAGAAAAUCAACAGAGUUCUUAAUCGAACAACUGCUGAUAGUCAUACGAAAAGUUCUACGAGUUAUCCUACCACAUCUUUUUCCAGUACUGUGACUAAGUCUACAUGUCAGACAACUACUUCAGAGGAGCAGGACGUUAACAUAAAGAGGUUGUUAGGAAGUCAUAUAAAACUGCCUCUUACAUUACCAAUUAGUAGUGGUGCUGACAGCACUCCAUACAAUGUCUCAAGAGAUUCUGAUUUUAGCAAACAUUUUGACACGUUUUCACAUGUUGGUGGCAGUAGUGACAAAACUUCACAAGGAAAUGAAACAAAUAACACAGAUGUCAGUAGAAAUUUAGAGGGAUCUGAUCUCAGUAAGCUACAUGAAAUGUUAACAAAUGGCGCUGAUUUCUCUAAAUUUCUGCAUAAUCAAGAUAUAGAAAGUACUAUAAAGUCUGCAAAAGCUUAUGAUUCAAAUACCUGUAAUACUGUCAAAAGUCUAGAACAGGAAAUCAUUGCUGAAAUGAUGAAAGGAAGACAUUCAUCCCAAAUGAGGGUAGACAACUCAUUCAAAAAUGAUCACAUGAUUAAUAAAUCUAUUAAUCAAAGUAUGUCACAAAAUUGUUCUUUAGACAAUAUGAAAGAUGAUCUGUCAUUUGGUAAAAGCUUGGAUAAUAUACCAUUUAGUAGAAAUUUGGAUAAUAUUCCUUUUAAUUUUGUCCCACCAAACAACAAUGGUGGAAAUUCUAGUAGGCAAAUACAAAAUAUGAGAGAAGGCGAUAAUAGGGGUAUAUCACAUACACAGGGUGAUAACAGUAGAAUGAUGUCACAUAGUGAUGACAGGAAACCAGUCAGUAUACCACAGACAGUCAAUGCUCAGACUGAUGAUGAUAAUGAAACAGGUCUACAAAUAGUCACAAACCCAAACAAUGCUCCAAGAAAGCCAACUUACAGUAGCACUACACUGAAAUGUUUAGUCUGUGGAGAUAGAUCCUCAGGAAUACAUUAUGGUGUAUUAGCAUGUGAAGGCUGCAAGGGUUUCUUCAGAAGGGCUUUACAAGAUAUUGGUGAUCCUGCUCGGAAAAGAUGUUUUUAUGGAAAGAAUUGUCAGAUUACAGUCCUUACUCGCAACAGAUGUCAGUACUGUCGUCUGCAGAAAUGUUUACAACUGGGCAUGUCCAGAUCAGCUGCAAAAUUGGGAAGAAGAUCCCGUAAAAUGAGAGAUAUGAUUAAGUGUAUGGAAGAUUCUGUGAUGGAACAAGCUCUCCAUGGUCUUUUAAGUUUGAAUCCAGAUAUUUCAUCAGAAAUCAUGUCAACAGUAAUGAAACAGAAAACAGAAGACACAUCACAAGAAAAUAAAUUAUCACAGAAGUCAGACUCUCCGCCAUUGGAUUUAUCCCCCCCUACUUUGAGAUCACCAUCUCUUUCAAAUGAUAGCCUAAUGAACUCACUGAGUAGAUCAAAUUUGCCAACACCUUUAGGCUCAGUGAAUCAUUCACCUGUAAAUUCACCUGGUUUACCUGUACGGAAUAUAAGUAAUCCCCCAUCAAGUUUGCCAUUAAAUGUUGGACCUCCAAAUCCAUUUGCCAAUCCGAUGUUUAUGUCACUAGGACAAGAUAUGAUAACCUCUGCAAUGUAUUAUGGUGCUCCACAACUUUUCAGUCAGCAAGGCUAUACAUCUCCAAUCAAUUUGGUGAAAUCAGAAAGAAAAAUUUCUGAAGAUAGAUCUCCAGUCAGAAGUCAUGAACAUAUGCUGUUAAAAAGUCAAUAUCUAUCUGUUGAUGCUAUGAAUGCUCCCAGGAACAGGUCAUCGAUAGAUUCUGUUUCAGCAAUGUCACAUCAGUCAUAUGACAAUGAAGAUUUAGAGUCUCUCGAUGCUAUCAGUCGUAGGACAUCAUAUGACUUCAGUGAUGAAGAAAUUCAAGUAUUAAACUCUAGACAUUUUCAAAAUCAGAUGGCUAUGGAACAUUCAAAUAUGUCACAAAUGAGGAAUAAAAUUCCUGGUUCAAAUUUUUUCAGAAAGCCACAGUAUCAAACAUUGCAACACAGAGCCGGUGUUAAUUCAGAUACGCGUCCUCCUUCUCUAGAGAGUGGUGAUAACAGUCGCCCUUCUUCAGUGUGUUCUCAAAGGAAUUCUCCAUACCCAGGACGUCAAAACAAUCCGUCUCCAUUUCAAGGAACUUCAAAUAAUCCCUCGCCAUUCCCAGGACCUUCAAAUAAUCCGUCUCCAUUCCCAGGAUCUUCAAACAAUCCGUCUCCAUUCCAAAGGAAUGAAUCAGUGAAUAGGUCUUUAACAUCACCAUUAGUCAUGAACUCACCAUCUCCAUAUCACAUGACUCAUGGUCAGCCAAUGACAUCACCUCCAUUAUUCAACACAAGAACAAACAUGUUGAAACAAAAUACAACAGAUAUAUCAAGAUUAGACAAAACUUAUCAGAAACAAGACAAAGGAUGUGUGAGACAAAGUCCUGUGGCAGAGUUGGAUUCUCAUGAUGAUAGAAGAAAGUUCUUAAAAGUAUCAUAUGAAAAUUCUAUGAAGACACAGAAACCUAGAGAGACUGCCAUUGUGAGCCCUACUGUUAAAGUUGAGGAUGAAAGUCAGUUAUCUGUUGCAUUUUUAACUUACAAAGUUCAUCAAUCAUUCCAAACAAAUUUUCGAUCUCGUGCUGAUAUAGACGCCAUGCAAGAGAAGGUUAUAGAAUUUAAACAGAGAAGUAUGCUGGCAAAACAAGAUGUACAGUUGCUAUUCCAGGAUGAAUUAGGUAGAAUUUGCUCGGCUGGGGAAGUUUGUUGGCAUGGAUUCCAGAGUUUACUCAAUACUACUAUUCAGGAUACAGUCACAUUUGCUAAGAAAAUUCCAGGAUUCUCUCGGCUUGAGCAAGAGGAUCAAAUUAGUUUGAUCAAAGGAGGUUGUUUUGAGGUUGCUUGUAUUGUACACUCUGUGUUUAUAGACACAGAGACAGAUGCCAUGUUCGUUCCUGGUAAGAACUUCCUAGUAACAAGAAAAGAUAUGAAGGUUGGAUUCCCACUGGGAGAACAUUUUGUUGAAUUGUUGUUUAAUUUAUGUGUACGUCUCAAUGCCUACAAUUUGGAGGAUACAGAAAAAGCAUUGUUUAGUGCUUUGGUGCUCAUUUCUCCAGAUCGUCAGGGUUUAAAGAAAAGGGACAAUGUGAGUAAAUUGCAAGAGCUUUUGAUACAGUCACUACAGAAUCAAGUUACAACAUGCCAUCCAGAUUAUGCUGGACUUUUUCCUCGAUUGCUGAUGAGUAUCUCAAGUUUACGGGAACUUGGAGUGGAACAUAGAAGAAAGUUAGAAAGUCUUAAACAUAAAAUGAAGUUUGCCCAUGACUUAUAUGCUGAAACUUUUGAUCUUAUAACAUGAUAAUGUGUGUAUUGUCAUUAUGUUUGUAGGCACCAGUGACUGUUGAGGUUGAUAAUCUUUUUAAACAUACUUUACUGAAUUCAAAAAAACAUUUGUCUGCUUCCUUAUCUAAGUGUGUACAUACUGGAAAAUAGCAAUUUUCAUAAUUUUUUCUUUCUUUUUCAAAAUAGAAUUCUGGUUUCCAAAAUUCAAAUAGGGAACAUAUAUUACACUAUUGUAGUAAAAAAAAAUAUACAUUAAAUAUAGAAUGUUUCAAAGCAGACAACAAAUUUCCAAAUCAUCUCAACCUCUCUUUCAAUUAUUUACAUAAUUUAUUGAAAACUGCAUGAUGGUCACUGGUAAUUGAUAUGUGAAGUGUUAUUUGUUGUAGAUGUUGUUAAGUUCUAGUUGUUUAUUAUUUAUGUGUUUUGUUUUUCUGUUUGCUUAAAGCAUUUUAACAUUGUUAUAAUUUUAAUGUGUGUAGUAUGACAUUUUAUUUUAUAAAGAUCUAAUGGUCAAUUUUCUAUUUUGAAUAUUUUACUCUUUACAACUAUUGCAAUAAAUAAUUAGGUGUGGUAGUACAGUUUAUACUAAAGAUGAUUUAUUGAAUAUCAGCAUUGUUACUGUAGGUUAGUGUGUAAUGUUUCAUGGGAAUUGCACAUGGUGCAAAUAUGGCUUCCAAAUCGUGAUGGUUUUUUUAUGGAUAGGUGUGAUAUUGUUCAAUAAAUUGCUCUACAAUUAAAUGAUAAGUACAUAAAUAUUGGUGUCAUCCCUGAUAGUUUACUUUGUAAUUUUUAAGAUUAAAAUUUCUGAAAUAUUAUAAUUUGACAUAAAAUUUUGGUACAAGGUAGCUUAAGUACUGUUUAUGUUAAUAAUAGUUUUCUAUAAAUUGUUCACACCAUCUUAUAUCUUGUUCAGUAUGAUGCAAACUUGAAACUUUUAAUGUAUAAUUAAGGGUUUGACACAGAUAGUGCAGUUCACUGGACAUAGAUAUGUGACAGUUAGGACAAUGCAUGGUGUCGUUUGGACAUGAUGGACAAACAUUCUUAUUAUAUUUAAUAUUUGUCUGAUCAUGUUAAUUAUAUAUUUCACCAUUGUGAGAAUCUUAUAUGUUAUAAAUAUGUGUCAUACAUUUGAUUUUAUAUAUUUCACAAACAAUGAAGUUUUACCUGUGUACAAAAUGUUUCUUAAGAAUAUAUGCUUUUUCAAAUUUUAAUCUAUAGAUAGUGCUGAAUAAAUUACAAUGCCAAAAUAUUGAAAUAAUUGUUAUGUUUUAUGAAGCUUAUUUUUGUUUAUACUAGUGCUUAAAUUAAAAGAUCUCCUAUAUAUGUCACAGUUCAAUUUUAAUGACUUGUUACUUUAUUUAUCAAAUCUUAUUCCUAGCAGUUGAAAUUUUAUAUCAGAUGUUAAUUUGAUAAUUUCUUUAAUCUGUUAUUGAACAUGUUUAUUUUAUGUAAGCAAAAUAUGUGUUACUGGUUCUCAACAAAUCUGACUUCAAUAUUUUUUUGCAGUUUGAAAUAUAAAUACUCCAACUUUUACUGAUAUAAAGUUAGUCUCUUGAAUCUGAGAAUAAUUAUUACCAUUCCUUCAAUAAUUAGUUGUGAGUUCAUCAUCAAGAGAACAAAAUUUGCAAGUUUUAUAUUUAAAGAAAAUGCAGUUGAUAAUUUCAUAAUGUAAAUGUAUUCAACUGUACAUCAAAUCAUUUUACAAUACAUUUGCACUAGCUAAAUUACUUUAAAAAAAAAAUCAGAGACAAGUGCCAAUUACCUGAUAUUUGUUUUUCCUGUUUUUACAACAAAAAUAUAUGUUUUAAAAUUUCAAAUAUAUUUACAUCCACUUAAUUGU